CGCACGUGGAUUGAUUGUUCGCACCUGCUCGCUCCUCAUGACGACAGCUCCUCUUCCAUCACGGCUCUUGGCGAGGAGCGUGGUGCUGAUCGCCGCCAGCGUCGCUGCCUUGGUGUUGUUGCAAUUGCAGUUGCAGCAUGGCUGCUUGGGGGAGGCGGUGUUGGCGGAGGAUGAUGCGGGUGUAUUCCACAUCAACACGAGCGAUCCGAACACGCAACCCGUGUUCCUGAACGGCGUGAGCGUGGACGCGCUGUUUGAGGCAGUGGUGGCGCAGCAGAGCACGCUGCGGGAGCACAAGCAAGCGGUGCAGGCGCAGCAGAGCACCCUCGAUGCGCAGCAGAGCACGGUUGACGCACAGCAGUACCAAGUGGCUGCGCUCCGAGGCAGGGUGUGCCAUGCAAGUGCGACCACGUUCGGGCAAGAAGAGGUCGGCACGUCGGGCAACAAGUGGGUGGGUGCGGCGCUGGCCGACAACGGCCUGAUCUACGCCGCUCCGUUCAACGCAGACGCGGUUCUCAUCAUCGACCCCAGCACCAACACCGUCGACACGACCACCAUCGCGGGGCUUGGGUUGCAAAAGCUCAAGUGGGCUGGCGCCGUCCUGGCACACAACGGGCUCGUGUACAUGUUCCCAUACUCCGCAACGGCCGUGCUCAUCGUCGACCCCGCCACCAACGCGACCGACACCACGAGCGUCGAUACCCUUGAUUCCAACGGCUACAAGUGGUACAGCGGCCUGGUGACAAGCGACGGGCUCGUCCUCGGCAUUCCACGCGAUGCGACAUCCGUGCUCCUCGUCGAUCCAGCAACCAACACGGCCGACAACACAACCUUGUCCGGCCUGUCCACGGACAGUGACAAGUGGUAUGGCGGUGCGCAAGCUCCCAACGGCCUCGUUUACUGCAUGCCGUCCCUGGCUGCUGCCGUCCUCAUCAUCGACCCCGCCUCCCUCACCAUGGACCUGACCACGAUCCAAGGCCUGGGCGCUGUACCGUACAAGUGGCGCGGGGCGGUGCUUGCGGGCAACGGCCUCAUCUACAGCAUCCCCGCGGAGAGCUCAAGCAUGCUCGUCAUUGACCCAGCCACCAACAACGCAGACACGAUUGACAUCGCCGAGCAAACGCAGUCCACGAAAUGGAGUGGCGGCGUGCUUGCUCCCAACGGCAACAUCAUCGGCAUCCCCUUCAGCUCACCGUCCGCCUUCAUCUUCGACCCGGCCACCAACACCUCCGACACAACAACAAUUAGCGGGCUCGAUGGGUCUUUCAAAUGGUUUGACGGCGUGGUCGCUCCAAACGGCCUCAUCUACGGCAUCCCGCGCUUCAUGGACACUGUGCUCGCCAUCGAUCCAAGCUGCUGAACGUGGACGUGUGUUGUGUGUUUGUGUGGUGUGUUGUGUGUGUGUGUGUGUGUGUGUGUGUGUGUGUGUGCGUGGCUGCUUUGCUAGAAUCUGGUCCGGGUUGCUUGCAUCGUAGGCUAUGUUCCCUCGCUUUACUCUGAUCUUGAGACUAGACCACGUCAUGCAAACGUGCACCCAUUCCUUCUUUUCAAGGCACGCGCUGAGCUACAUGCAAUGGCUUCAAUCAACAUGCGUCUUGUCGUGUACUUUGUCACAUAGCAGUUCAGCAAGUGCUCUUGCAAGGGGAAGAUGUUUACGAGUUCUACGAGUUCUUAUCACAGUUGGCCUACG